CCGGGCUUUGCACUUCUCUUCCAUGGCCAUCUCCCACCGACGAAGCGUGGCGCCCAAGCCGCUCGCUCGGUCGCUGGCGCUGGGUCGCACCCGCUUCGCGCAGCGAAUAAACGGACGGCAUCUCCCCACCCGAUUCCUCUCUCGCUCGAUCGCUCGCGUCUUCGGGACGGCCUCCCUCCACAACCCUUUUCCCUCUCCUCUCCCAUCCCUCCUCCGACCAACCAGGGCAAAAACACCUACCGCCCCUCCCCGACCACCGUCCGACAUGGCCGCCGCCGCCGCCGCCGGGUCCUCCGCCGCAUCCCUCGCCGCCCCCAUCCCCCACGGCGACAAGGCGGCGGCCUCGGGCGGCGGCGAAGGGGCGGCGGACUGCGGGGUCUGCGCGAUCUGCCUCGACAACAUCGCCCUCCAGGACACGGCGCUCGUCAAGGGCUGCGACCACGCCUACUGCGUAACAUGCAUUCUGAGGUGGGCAUCCUACAAGCAGUCACCAUCAUGCCCCCAAUGCAAGCACCCGUUCGAGUUCCUCAGCGUGCACCGCUCCCUUGAUGGCUGCAUCCACGACUACCUCUUUGACGAGAGUGUUUGCCUUCUCCUGAGGGCCACCUGGUUCGAGCCUCUGGUCGUGGCGGCUCACGAGGAGGUUCUGGAGGAAGAGGAAAUCUACCGCAGUUACCAGUACCAAUAUGACGAUGGUGAUGAGGAUGACCUGUAUGAUGACAAUUAUUACAUGAGCAGGUCACCGAGCAUUCGGAUUGGCAACAGGAGGUGGGGCGACAAUGGGUAUGUCAGAGGAGGUAGGAGAGAGGCCAGGCCAGUGGUCGUCACUGCGCCUGAUGCUGCUGCUGUUCCAGCCAGGACUCCCAAGAAGAAAGAGGCAUCAGCAUCAGGCUCAGGAUCAGUGUCCAAAGAUGUUGCCGGGAGGCGGGCAAGGAGGGCUCAGAAGCGAGAAGCUGCUGACAAGGCAGCUGCAGAAAAACAUCUCAAGCACCUGCAGAGGAUGGGCCGUGGGAAAAUACCUGAACCGCUGCCUGAGGCUGCGGCACUGCCUGAAGCACUUGCGGAAGCACCACUUGAGGCUAAGGCUCUGCCUGAAGCACUUGAGGUUGGUCCUCAGGCGGUCGAGUGAUCCACCAACCUCUGUAGAUAAUGGUGCUGUGACGAACUCUGCAGCCCUUGGGAGGGCCCCCAAUAAUCUUCCGCUGUGAAGAAGUGGAAGGGAGACCUUGUAUCCUGGCAGCUUUGCCUCGUUUGUACAGUAAUUUAGUUUCCAGUUCACUUGUCGUUAGAACGGUCGUCCGAAUGGACAUGUAGUCCUGCUCCGGAUGCAGCUUGGAUAGCUGUUUACUUUCUAUAAGCUGUAUUAUUAGGGGCAUACAUAUUGCUUGCCAUGCUGAUUUUCUUGGCAAUGUGCAAUCAUCCAGCUGAAAUGAAAUCUUACACUGAAUCCACAGUGCUUACUGACA